UCACCUUCACUAACCUCAUUCAAAUUCACUAACCUCACGACCUCACCUCCACUAGACUCACAACCUCACUUUCAUUAACCUCACUUACCUUCAUUAAAUCACUAACCUCACAACCUCACUCACUUUCACUAACCUCACUUACCUUCACUAACCUUACUCAAGUUCACUAACCUCACAACCUCACUCACUUUCACUACCCUCACUCACCUUCACUAACCUCACUCAAGUUCACUAGCCUCAACCUCACUCACUUUCACUAACCUCACUCACCUUCACUAACCUCACUCAAGUUCACUAGCCUCACAACCUCACUCGCUUUCACUAACCUCACUCAUCUUCGCUUACCUCACUCAAGUUCACUAACCUCACAACCUCACUCACUUUCACUAGCCUCACUCACCUUCACUAACCUUACUCAAGUUCACUAACCUCACAACCUCACUCACUUUCACUAACCUCACUCACCUUUCACUAACCUUACUCAAGUUCACUAACCUCACAACCUCACUCACUUUCACUAACCUCACUCACCUUUCACUAACCUACUCAAGUUCACUAACCUCACAACCUCACUCACUUUCACUAACCUCACUCACCUUCGCUUACCUCACUCAAGUUCACUAACCUCACAACCUCACUCACUUUCACUAACCUUACUCACCUUUCACUAACCUUACUCAAGUUCACUAACCUCACAACCUCACUCACUUUCACUAACCUCACUCACCUUCACUAACCUCAUUCAAAGUCACUAACCUCACGGCCUCACUUUCACUAACCUCCCUCCCCUUCACUUAGUCUCACUCACCAGCUUGGAAAACCUCAUUAUUUUCAGUACCCUGGCAACCUCACUUCUCACCUUCAGGAACCUCACUCACCGUGUUGAUUUCCUGCAGCUCCGCCAGAUCGCAGCGCACGAGCCGCAGGGAGACACAGCCUCUGUGGGGACACAGAGCAGCCAGAGGCAGCGAUCCAGCUUCUUCCGAAGUCACAGUCGAGGACAGAUGAGCGAGUCGUCCUCCACUAAGUACGACCAGCGACGCUGCAGCACUAACACCAACAGUGGUCAGCAGGUGCCCAACCCCAGGAGUCGGGAAGUGAAGGCAGCCAAGAGCUUGAGCAUCAUCGUGCUCUUCUUCAUGGUGAGUUGGUUCCCACUGUACACCAUCAACUGUGUGCAGGCCUUCUGCACCGACUGCCAGGUGGAACCUAACCUCAUGUUCUUCACCAUCAUCCUCAGCCACCUCAACUCUGCCAUCAACCCCUUCCUCUAUGCCUACCAUAUGAAGGACUUUCGGAAUGCCCUUAAGAUGUUCAUCUUGCACCGUCUGCUGCGACGCCCAAUGGACUUGGAUUAUAUGUAUGGCCGCAGCUUGGUGUCCCAACACCACCACUCCAUCUACCGAGCAAACAUGACCUUACCCACUCACUCGUCCAGCCCACAUAUGGCCAAUACUCAAACCACGCCUUUGAUGAGCUCCCCAUCACCUCUCCCUGACACACCCUUGGAUGAGCUGAGAUCACAGUCCUCUACUGUAAGCAGUUAUGACCCUCUAUCCUCACGUCAUAAUAUGUCACCUUCCUCGUCCAUUCCUCCUGCUAUCAUGACGUCAUCAGAGGAUGUUCAAUAUCCUUCCUCACGCCCACGAGCUGCAACAAUUACUACACACACAUCUCCAGCCUCAUCUCGAACACGUUUAGUAUCAACUGGCAAUCAUUCACAGCCACUGUGUUCAGAUAAUUUUCCACAAACACUGAAUCCGAAAGAUGUCACUGCUUGGCGUGCUUCCACUCUCUCCCCACUUUCUACUUCAUGCACCUUGGGGCCCACAGUAUCCCAUCACCACACUAACACUCGGCCAAACCAUGAUAUGACAAUAUGUAUUGCUGACAUAAAUUUUACCUCAAGAGAUGCCAGUGCAACAUCAACCCACAGCUUCCAUUCAGCUAGCUGUGAUGGUGGCCAAAGUAUUAUAACUGAUACUAUGACACCGGAGGUAAUCACAGAAGCUUCAUUACAGACAAGCAACACCAAGUGUUGCCCAGAUUCACCUUCAACAACUAAGGUGGAGCAGAAGGAAACUGUCAUCUUUGCUCAACCAGUGUCAGGUGAGAGUGAUGUCAUAGCUACUCGCUCAUCGACAUACUCUUCUCAUACUUGCAGCUCAGUUCUUACUAAUAGUGAUACCAACAGUGAGGGCUUGAUAAAACAGGUAUUAUUAAGUUCUUCAUGCAAAGAACAUUUGAAUAUGUCCACUUUGAACAAAACCUCAUCAAACGAGACCUUAUACAGUAACCCUUUACUGGAUGACAUCAGCAUUUCUAACCAGAGUAAUCUUACCAAGUGUAAAGAAGAAAGACAUGGGGAUGAGUCCAAGAUCUUGUUAACUGAACAACAGGAUAAGAAAAUUCCAGUCAGGGAGUUUAUUGAACCAGACAGCAAUGAAGAAACUCUUCGACUCAUAAACCACACUUCCCCAGUGAUCCCUAAUGGCAAUGUUUGUAAUUUUCCAGCUAUGCCUGUGGAUGACAAAUGCAAACCAUUGCAUGAUGAGGAACCCUCAUCAUGCAAUGCUCCCACUCUUCCAUGUUUGGAGCCCACCACAGAGGAGAAUAAACUGGGGAACUGCCAAGAGAAGGCUGAUGACCGGACAAGUGAGCAGUCAUGUGUUUCCAAAGAGUUUGGUAAAUACCUCCCACAAAUAUUACGAAGGAGAGAAGGUGGUCUAAGGAGUAAAUGUUCUAAAAAGAAACGAAACUGGUGGACAGAACUGAUGAGGCAAAAAUCUUAUCAUGGAAUCUCAUUCGAAUUAAAAAGUUCAAAGCACAUGAAACGGGCCCAGAGUAUAAGUGGUGCUCUAGAUUCCUAGUACUCUAUUGACUUAGAUAUAAUUAUUUUUCUGUUUGAGUGUUAUAUGCUCUCUGCAUCUUCAGGAAGUAUAGCCAUCAGAACAUAUGUGGCAAAUUAUAUUGAUCUUGUAUUCACCCCGGCUAUUUACAGUAAUACUUCUUAAAAGAAAACAGUAUACAAGAUAAAUACCCAUGCAUACACCAGUGACCUUUAUAUACUGUACUGUGGAUGCUGGUGGAAAUGCAUUUGUGUGUAUUAUUUUCACAAUUUGAAUGUAUAGCAGAAUAGUGUAUUUGUAAAGUGAUAAAUAUACAUGAGGUCAGGAGCCACAAAUAAUAUGAUGCUUGUCAGCCUCCUGACUGUGACUUUCACUACUCAACACUUAGGACCCACCACCAGUUUUAUCAAACUCUUAUGUUCUGAAUUUCCCAAAAAUGAAGAAUAGCGUGCAUCUAACUAGCUAUUUGCGUUUCAUCACUCAGAUGACCAAAACCAUAUCAGCAUUCUAAUACCACAAAUGUAUUUGAUACUUUCAUCCACUGUUAGGGAAAACAAAUGUUAGAAUUUUUAAGAAUAUGGGACCAGAUAAUUAUCAAAUGUUGUGACAACCAUGUUCACAGUCACUACUUUUGCACUCCUUAUUUUCUAUCUAUUUGCCCAUCACUCUAUAUAGUGACAAGGCAUACUGAUCCUACUGUAAUUCUCUAAACUUUUGGGGAAAAUUACCGAAGACAGAAAUAUCAUUAAGUUUUAUUCAUGUUAGUAAAAACCUUAAAGCUUUUACUUUGUACCCAGGAGGAAAAAAAAAGUACAUUAUUUUUUCUUCUACAUUACACUAUAUCACAUUUAUUUAUCUGAGAAUAUUCCUCUCACUCUUUCUCCCUAACCACAGCCUUUGUCCAGCUGUCUUAACUGUCUCAGAAUUACAUUGCACAACAGAUUUUUUAAAUAUCAAACUUAUUUCCCAUUCUAUGUACAUUAACAACUCAAGUGCCACUUAACAGAACGUC